AUGCAGUAUCUGGAAGAUGCUAGCUUUUCUUUGGAAGUAUGCCAGCGUGCAGCUCUAAUGGAGAUUUUUCCGUUGCCCAUUUCACCUUUGCUGCCUUUGGCGAAGGUGCAUGGCUUUAUCGGUGAACCGAGUAGGAUUUGGAAGCUGGUUAUUUUAUUCCUCAUCAAGUCGAGGACUUUCAACUAA